UCAGGCUGAUCGGGGCGGAGGCUGUGCGUAGCAAGCUGUUUGUGUUGUCGUGGAGGCUGCGCGUAGCAAGCUGUUUGUGUUGUCGUGGAGGCUGUGCGUAGCAAGCUGUUUGUGUUGUCGUGGAGGCGAGUGUAGCGGAGUACAGUGUCGCGACAGACCGAGACAAAACAAGUCAUAAUAUUUUUUUAAAAAAAAAUACAAAUAAAAAAGCUACAUUUGCUAUGGGGAACUGCCAUACCGUUGGACCAAAUGAAGCCCUGGUUGUUUCAGGUGGCUGUUGUGGUUCUGACAACAAACAGUAUGUGGUGGGAGGAUGGGCCUGGGCCUGGUGGUGCAUUGCAGACACACAGAGAGUGACUCUGGAGGUAAUGACCAUCCUAUGUCGCUGUGAGAAUAUCGAAACCUCGGAGGGUGUCCCCUUGGAUGUGACAGGGGUCGCUCAGAUAAAAAUAAUGACUGACCAGGAGCUGCUAGCAGUUGCUUGUGAACAGUUUUUGGGUAAAAAUGUCCAGGAAAUCAAAGCUGUGGUGUUACAAACGCUGGAGGGUCAUCUUCGUUCAAUUCUGGGCACGCUGACCGUUGAGCAGAUUUAUCAGGACAGAGACCAGUUUGCCAAGCUGGUGCGAGAGGUGGCAGCCCCAGAUGUGGGCCGCAUGGGGAUUGAGAUUCUCAGCUUCACCAUCAAGGAUGUCUAUGACAAGGUGGAGUACCUGAGCUCUUUGGGGAAAUCUCAGACCGCUGCUGUGCAGAGAGAUGCAGACAUUGGUGUGGCCGAGGCUGAGAGGGAUGCAGGAAUAAGGGAAGCAGAGUGCAAGAAGGAAAUGAUGGACAUCAAGUUCCAGGCUGACACUAAAAUGGCAGAUUCUAAGCGAGAAUUAGAAAUGCAGAAAGCGUCCUUCAAUCAAGAAGUUAAUACGAAGAAAGCGGAGGCCCAGCUGGCGUAUGAGCUGCAAGGAGCGAAGGAGCAGCAGAAGAUUCGCCAGGAGGAGAUGGAGAUCGAGGUGGUGCAGCGGAAAAAGCAGAUCACCAUCGAGGAGAAGGAGAUCUCCAGAACAGAGAAGGAGCUCAUCGCCAUGGUCAAGAGACCUGCAGAGGCUGAGGCCUACAAGAUGCAGCAGCUAGCAGAAGGAGAAAAGAUUAAAAAGGUGCUAACCGCUCAAGCUGAGGCUGAAAAGAUCCGUCGGAUUGGUGAGGCAGAAGCAUCCGCCAUCGAGGCUAUUGGUAAAGCAGAGGCAGAGAAAAUGAAGCUGAAGGCCGAAGCUUAUCAGCAGUAUGGAGACGCAGCCAAGACUGCCCUCGUCCUGGAGGCUCUUCCAAAGGUCGCUGCCAAGAUUUCUGCUCCUCUUGCCAAGAUAGAUGAGAUCGUGAUCCUCAGUGGAGACAGCAGCCGCAUGACUGGAGAGAUUAACCGCUUGCUGGCUGAGCUCCCUGUGUCAGUCCACGCUCUCACUGGCGUAGACUUGAUGAAGAUUCCCUUACUGCAGAAAAUGACCAAUCCACAAGCAUGAAAAUUCAAAACCAACUAGAGAACAUAUCUGUUAUGCACUCUCACGUCGACUGCCUUCAAUCACUUGAAAAGAGAGCUUUUUCUACAGACAAGUGGAUAUUUUAUUUUAUUUUAUUUUUUUUUAAACCUCUGGUGCCUUAUUUUUUAGGACCAGACUUUAUGCAUGUAACACUUCUCCUUUUUCCUUUUUUUUUUUUUUUUUUUUUUAAUAAUUAAAUUCAGAUUUAAAUGCUGUUAAAAGCGUGUUCUUAGCAGGGAUCAGAAUACACGUUGGCCUUCUUCCUUGGUUUACUGCAGCAGUAGAAGAUCAGAACUGUCAUCUGUUGGUGGAGCAACUAAGGAACCAGGUACACGUGACUGUUUCAGUCUCUGCUUUUAGCUCUCGUAUAAAAUGUAUCCAGCAUAAAAUGUACCACUGAAAAAGCGUGAUGCUAUUUUUUUUUUUUUUUUUUU